UAUGCCAAACACCAGUGAGAUGGUUGAAUUGAAUUACGAAAAUGAAAAUGCUAGAGUUAUCCUAUAUUGUACAAUAGGGUUACAAUCCGGUAAGACAAAUUUUAAUGGUUAUGCUGUUGAAAAAGAUCAAAAGUUAACCCUAAUCUGUACCUGGCGAUCAAAGGAAGAUGCUGGAAAAUCUUUUAAAAGACAACUAAACAUUAAGCCUUUUGUAGAGGCUAAAACAGAUCAAUAUGUUGAAGAUGAUGAUGCCUCAUUUCAUAUACAACUUAGACCAACUGGUUUCAUAGAAGACGAUGAAAAUAUAUAUCAAGUUGAUGAUAAAGAGAGGAGACCUAUAUCCGUCUCAAUUGAAAUGGACUCAGAUGCUAAAAUAUUUGACGAGGAACUAUCAAUAGUUCAUCACAACAUGAGUCGGCAUGAACCAGGCGUUUGGAGCUGGAAAAGGUUUCAUAGAAAGACGUCUAAUUCCUUAGAUGAUAAACCAAUCGUUUGUUCCCAAUUUCAAUAUCAAGGUUUAGAAACGUUUCGUCGACCAGAAACAUUCAUUCGCAUUGUUAGCGAUACUAUCGAUGAAAAACUAAUAAGGGCGGCCGUUACCGAUAAUCCCAUUCUUUUAGCCGUUAUAAAGGCGUUCGAAGUAAGGUUAUCAGAAGCAACUGUAAUAAAUAUUGAUGAAAUUAUUAAAAGACAAUUUGAAGCCGUGCUUUUUAAACCAAAUUCAUUUAAAGAAAUUGUUUAUAAUAUAGACAUUGAAACACCUUCAAGGGAGCGUCAAAAGUAUGUUACCAUUGUUUCGGAGCAAACGAGUGGAAUUAUUAACACGGAAACCGUUCCACUAACUUAUAUUGUUAAAGAAGAUUCCUCCUCCUUUGAAGAUGGUCUUCAAGUUGUCAACAAAUCAGAGGAUUCUCUAGACGAUAAUGAAAUAUAUAUUAUGGUUUCAGAAAUUGGUUUUACUGAAAACAAAGUUCUUUUGAAGAUACUGAAUCCUUUUAAAUACUUCAAAAAAAACUUAAAGGAGUGUUUACCUACUCAUGCUUCCAAUUUUAUAAGCGUCCUCUCCUGGGUACUACAGAAUUACUGGAUAUCAGGCGAAAGAGAGGAUGGUUUAUGCAAUGAUAAUCGAACAGCAUCAUUUUGCUGGAGACGUACAUCAACUCCAAUGAAUAAGCAUAUGUGGAACGAAAGAAAUGCCAGAUCAGAUGGAAUAGACUUGGGAGCUAUAUGGAGGUCUGAUUUGAAAAAUGAUAUUGCUAUGGACACGGAAAAUCAGUCCAGAGGAGAAAAUGAAUUUUGGACAGAAGACUUUGGUAUUGUCGAGUUAAGGAAUAGUGCAUUUACUUCGGAAGAAGUUAAAACUUUACCUACUUCUAUUAAGGAAGAGACUUUUCCAGUUGUUGUUGACCAUGAAUCUCUACGUGCCGAAUCAGUGUCACUUGAGGAUGCUGUCUCGACUAAUUUGAAUAAUGACCAUGUUGUUUAUGACGAACGGGAACAAGAAAUUGACGAGAGGUUUGAUGUAAAGGUCUCUCCGGAGUCUAAUUUCGAAGAAGAUUUGAUUCUUGUCAAUGAUUUGGAGCCAUCACUCAUAGAAUCUUUAGAUGAUAAAAACGAUUCAAAGAUUCCAACGAUCAAAAUUAAAGAGGAACUUGGAGGGACAUACUCUAUCUUGUCCGAAACUGACCAGGAGAAUAAAUUGGUAAUUGAAAAUGAAAAGAAUACAUCUAUCAUUGAAGGGAGUAAUUCUCUUAAACAAUCGUUUAAUAUUGAUGAAAGUGCAAAUAGCAUUCAACAAUCGAAGGAGAAAGAGGCAAUUAACAUUCGUGAGGAAAAUUUGAUAAUUAAUGAAAACCCAGCAGAAAAUAACGAUAAAGACGAUAAUGCUAUGAUCCAAGACAAUAUAGAUGAUAAGACAUCUCCGAAAAGUCCCUUAGCCCUUGAAAUAAAAAAAGAGAAAAAAAACAAGCGUAAAUUUUGGAAACGAAAUCAUAAGCCUUCAAACAUAGAGGAUAAAUCUUCCAGAGAAGACUCAAAAAGACGAUCUAAAAAACGAAAUUUACUUAUCAAAUGUUUAAUUGGAGGGGGAACAAAUUCUUCAAUUGAUCUCAGUCGACAAGAAGUCAAAGUUAAUGAAGAAAAAAAACAAUCAGUUAUUGAACUUAUUGAUAAGAUAAGAUCAGAGGAAAAUAUCUUGAAACCCCAGUCCAAAAAGAGUAAUAUAUCUAUGAACUCGUCAAAAACUUCUAUUAAAUCAAAGAGAUCACAAGCUCUACUGUCUAACAGACAGAGAUCUAUGGGAAGUAUAAACUUGCUUUCACAGAAGGAAAGAGAAGAGAAGGAGCAGGAGGAUAAAAAAAAAGAUGAAGAAGAAGAGAAGAAAAAAGUCUCAAAAUCUAAUAAGAAAAAAUUUUUUAAUUUCAAACCAAGAAAAAUUAUUACAAAGCAUCCUAAGAAGUCAGAUUUAAAAAAACGUGCUAGUGUUCGCCUAUCGGAAGGAUCUCGAACAGUAAGGAAAGCAAGAGAAUGUAAUGAAACUGAGGAAGCGCUCUUCACUAUGAUCUCACAGGGAAGUCAAACUGCUCAGAAAAAUCCUCAUAGUGAAAUUUGUGAAAAAAUAAGUCCAUUUUCCGUUAAUGAACCUCAAUCCCUCAGGGAAGAUAUUGUUAACGAAAUAGAACGUCGUAUUAUUCAAGAAGCUACUUUACAUAAAUACCUUGCCCUAUGGAGAAACGAAGAGGAAACUAACAAAAGGAUGGAUCUUUUAAGUGAAAUGCUUAAAAGAAUGGAAGAAAUAGAAUCGGAAAUGAUGAGAACUAGUUUACCUCCCGCUCAGGCUAAAAAGACAGAUCUUACAAUGACUGUAUUCGAAAAUUCUCCACUACAAGAUUUAUACAAAGAAUUUAUAAAUGAUAGAUCAAAGCUUAAAGCGAAAUAUGACAUGAUAACUAACAAUGUGCAAAAACAAGCCGUACUUGAAAGCGUGGAUGAGAUUAUUAAAAGUUAUACUUUAUUUAAGAAGGCAUUGGAAGCAAAGAUUGUAUAAUGUGCAAAAGAAUAAUAUCUAAUAAAC